CCACGCAAACAUGGUAUACAGAAAAGUACCGGCAUUCAUAAUCCAUGGUUGCCGGUUGUCCGGUUAUCAAAUUUGUAUUACCGCCUUAUCAUUACUUGGGCACAUCGCACAUGGCAGUGUAGCACAUAAACAGUGAGAAAUAAAAUAGUAAUGCACGUAAUAUGAAUUUAGAAUAUUUCCGAUUUUUAUUCGUUGUAUAGUUUAAGAGUUUUUGUUUCAUCGUGAAGGGCCGUUAUAAUUGAUCCAAUUCAUCGUAGUUUUUAUUAAAUAGUUAAAAUUUACUUAAUUCUUAGUGUUGAAAUAAUAUCUGGCAACUUUAAGUCACCAAUAAUUGAAAUUGGACUGUGCUUCCAAUUAAACGUUUUGUUGUAUAAAUUCAUAUUUCCUCAUCAAUAGAAUAUAAUUACUAAUUAGUAGUCUGGUUUCUGUGAAAAAAUAAAAAUUUAAUGGCGAAAAAUAAGUCAAAAAAAAAUGUAAACCAAACAGAUACAGAAGCUAUAAAGAAAAAAAAACUGACUAGUAGAAAAAAAAAAGCUCUUAUAAAAAUUAUAGAAAAAAAACAAAAGAGCCAAAAGAGAUCUGAAAUGUUAAAUGAAUUAAAGAGUUUUGAACUUUCAGCACCUUCUUUGUCUUUGAUGACAUCUAUAAGUCAAACACAAACAAGUGGAUUGAGAAAUGCAUUAAAAGAAAAAAAAAAAUGUCGAACACCUAAGCCUAAAGAAGUAGAUAGGAGCUCAGAUGAAAUGACAGUUGAUGAAGAUGUUGGUUCAGAAGUUGACGAGGAUGAAAUAGCAUAAUAAUUUAAUUAUACAACUCAAAUCAUUUUGUAGUCAGUAACCCUUUUACAAUGGUGGCCAUAUUAACUUGACUUCUUUAUGUGCUGCUUGUGGUAACCAUAUUAAAUAUU